AUGGAUGCUGAGUACACUUCUGAGGGCCCUUCAGCUUGGCAAAACGUGUAUAGGAUGAUGCAUUGUCCCGGACUACCAUGCCAACACCAAGGACAGUACUGCUGGCAAGACCCAGUGGGGAAAAAGCACUACAAACUCAGGACUCGCCAUCUGACAAACCUUGACAAGUACGUGGAGCAAGGCAGUAUCCUAGAGACGCAUGAAGAUAUCCCUGAUAUGCUCCGAGAGCAACUGUAUGCGGAGGAGCAGCAGCGAUUUGAAAGACAACAAAGGGAUCAAUUGUCUACAGCAAGUGUUCAUGCCGCACUUCCAACUUCACAUAGCCCCCCUGCUGGCUCUAUCGUUAUUCCCGGACUCCUUGAUACAGGAGUGGAGCAAUAUACCAGCUGGCAGCAAUCACGGGUGAGCAAUGAACUGCUGAAGGAAGAUAUUAAAAAGGCAUGUCAUAUAGCCUUAGCAAAUGGUCUUGAUCUUAAACAGAUCUACGAGGACAGGGACCCGGACUUUUUUGUUAAACAUGGUGUGAAAAUUGGUGUUGCACGCCGGUUCGUCGGUGACAUCAGUGAUUGGGUCAGACAAUGUGAUGAGGCACACUGA